GUUAAAAAUUUAUCUAUGUAUAAGGAAAAAUUGUAAGAGAAAAAUACAUUCCCGUGUAAGAAAUAAGAUUUCUUUGUUAUAUUAUACAAACUUAAUUUACAAAUAAAAUAUUAAAUUUGUUCAUUGAUCCAUAUUACAAUUGCUUUCAGUAAUUUAACUUUAAAAAAUUACAAUUUUGUAAUUUAAUAUGAAUAAUAUUUUUCAAAAUUAAUUUUUAAUUUAACUCGAGUUAAUUUACUCUUAACGUAUCAUUUCAACCAGUUAGUUUUUUGUUCAUGUAACUUUUAACGUAAGCAAAUUAAUUUUAUAAACCAUUAACUUUAACUUAAUUUAGUUAAAAACAUGUUUUAACUUACCUAACCCUGAUUCUAACAUAAUCUAGGCAAAGAUAAAAUAAAGCCAUUUUUCAUCUGGGUAAAACGGCAAACGCCGCUGACCACUAGAGUUAAACUUUGUGAAUGGAUUGAAAAUAACUGUGUUUUUCUCUUUUGCGGAUGUUUUUUAAAAAUUUCGUUCAUCAAUUAACAGACUGUUAAUGCCCGGUUCUAUCUAUUGAAAAAACUCUUUCACGCGAAUUUUGAUCCGUUUGACUUUCACGCUCUAUUAAUCUCGUAUUCGGGUGUCGAAAUCAUCAGAUCUCCCAUUAAUGGACAGGGCCGUUGAAGUUAGGUACGUGUACACCGCAGGCUUCCGAUGGAGUUAGCGUUCCAGGUUAAUCUGGUCAUGAAAUAGCUGAGAGUUAAUGUCCAAGUAACGGGGAACGCGUGCAUCCCUGAUAAGCCGUACGCGCCGUCGCCAGCUGUAGGGGACAAAUGAAGGGAUAUACCCCGUCGUAUGUGCCCAGCCCUCGGUGGGAACGGGGUUCUCGUACGACCGUACGGUAUCAUGGAAUUCAGGAUGGACGGGAGAAACGUGGGCGCGAUCGGGACAUGUUGAACGGGAAUCUCGAAUCGUAUCGCGGUAAAUAGUAGAUCGGAUCGAUUCCGUUUACCAGGAAACGUUUGCCGUCUGCUUCGUCAGCCGGAUCGAUUCGGGCGCGUUUAAAUUCAAUGCGCUUUCUAGAGAUCAAAUAACCCUACGUGUUGUAUACAAAACGUUUCCUGGACCAUCACCGCGGGGAUAAUUCCCGGCGCGGCCUGUCUACUCUAUUGAUUUAUGCAAUUUACGCGCGUUAGUCAAACGAUGAUCGAUGUGCGAAUGCGUUAGCGCGAUUGUUGCCCUCAUAAUUACGCUAAUUACAUAUAGCACACAACUGAUUGCGCGCAUUCAAAUCUGACACCUGUCCAAGAGCUUUGCGGGCCUACCGCAAACGUGAAUAGCCCGGCCCAGCGUGUCACGCGUGCCGGUAAUAUUAUUUAUUUGCCGAAAUUCCACACUAUUGUUUCCCACGCACACACAUACACACACACUUACGCAUGCACAUUUACACAUACUCUCAGGGGAAAGGGAGUGACAGCAUUUUCGUUGACCGCGCCAAGUUCGAGCGCGUCGCUACAUUAUCGAUUUUCCCGUUUUCCGCAUCAAAGCCAGAACUCCUGGCAGUAAUGAGCUUUCCAUCAAGGCGAGGGUGAGAAAUUAGUUCUUACGAGGAGGCUUAUAGACCUAUUCUUCUCCUCUUCCUCCUACCUUUUUCACUUUCUUUUUUCGGCGCAACCACGGUAAAGUAGACAAAAAAAAAUAGUACUUAACUGAAUUAUUGUGUGUGUUACAUUACCGCAUGUAUUUCACCGAGGAAAGUUUUGGUCAAAACUAAUUACGAAACAGGCCGUAAUAGUCCGUCUGUAGUAGUCCGCAAACUCAUUCGCCAGAAGAAGAACUUUAAAUAUCUCCACGCUUUAACUGCCGCCGUAAUCAACAAGUAAUCACCGCAGUAAUCAAACAAUAAUCAAGUUAUAUAAAUCGUGGCCGCGCGUUUCUCUGGAAACCAUGGAAUUCGGAUAAUAAAGCUCCUGCUUUCCGCUUAAUCCGUGUUACUCAACGUCGCAAUGUUCGCGCGGGUAAAAAUAAUUCGGCUAUCGCGGCGAAAUCGUUACCGUUACAUGCGCGGGCAAACAAAUUCUAUUUGUCUAUUAACAAUUAAUUGUUUGACGUUACCGUGAGAUCCAUUUAACUGAAGAAAAUUUUUCAGACUAAAUUGGCACAUAGAAACUUGUUAAUUUGAUGUUAAACCAAACAAUCUGUACGUAACAAAUGCAUUUUGACGUUGUAACAACGUUGUUGCUGAUUGAAUGUCGCGAUAUGAGAAUAAAAAGAGAGCGAGAGAAUAUGAAAGAAGGAAUAGAAUAAAUUUAUUAUUUGAAAAAAAAAAAUUUCAAACAAGACAAAACAUUUCAACAAACAGAAUUCAUAGUUUUUCUUUAACAAAUUUAAGCUUUUAUGAACAGAUAACACUUCAACUGUGCAUUACAGAAUUGCAAUAAAAACAAUAAUAGUAUAAACUGAGAAAAUACAGGUAAUUAACUAUUUUUAGUAAAAUUAUUGGAUAAACUACAGGAGAAUAGUAAUGCAAAUACAGAAGACGGAAAAAUUGAAUCGAUUUGAACCCGCGAUCUCUCGUUUUCACCCUAGCACGUAGAGUGUUGAAUCACUGCUCCACUAUCACAGUUAUUCCAGUCGUGUGCUUAAUCGGCCAUACGUGAACUGGAAGUAUGUAAUUGUCAUAACUUAUUUGUGGUAAAGUCUAUAUAACGAUGUAGUUAAGGUGCUACUUCACUAUAAAUUAAUAAUUGCACAAAUAUUGUUGCCGUGGUGAUAUAAGCUAUUUAACAUUAAUUACAAUUAAAACUUUUUAGUUGCAAUGACUAUAAAAUAAUAUAUUGAACUAUGUAUUUUAAUUCCAUACAUAUAAAACUUGUAAAAGUUGCCAUGAAUUUUUCUCUGAGAGAGACUAUAACUGAUUUAUAAACUAUGACAGUAAAUAUUUGCUGUAUUAGCAAAUAUUUUUUUCUCUGUGCACAAUAAGAUGCAAACAUCCUUAUAUACACAGCAAGGUCCAAAAAUUUGAAUAUAUUAUUAAAAUAAAAUAAUCUUGUUUUUAUUUUUUAAUAUAAAAUCAUCUUUUAUUUCAAUAUUUUGAAAUAAAUUUUAAAAAUAGAAAAUAAUCAUUACACUAAAAAAAAUUGUUAACUUGACCUAUUGCAUUUAGUUUAUAACGAUUUCCUCAGUUCAAGUAUUUACGUACUUACGUUAAAUAUAUAUAAAUGAUAUAUAUAUAUAAAAUAAGAAACUGAAGAAGUUACUACGAAUUAAACGGAUUUAGUCAAUUUAAUUGCUUUUUUUCUAAUGUAGGGACUAUAGGGUAAGUGAUGAAUAAGUGAUCUCUGCAGCUUUAAACCGUUUUAACCUUCUGGAGACAAAAGGGUUCUUUUAAUUAUCAAAAGACAAUAUGGUCUUUUAGAGGAUCAAGGAUAAAAAUUCAGAAUAUUUUUAUAUUAAUAUAAAGAAAUUAAUUCAUCUUUUCAAGAACGUAUUGAAAUAGAGAGUGAUUGUUGAAAAAUUAAAAAGAUUAGUUCUUAUCUUUUUCUAACAUCCUUGGACGGAAAACUCUUGGAUCUUACGUAUAAUGUAACAUUCGAAGCGUCAACUAUCAUUUGACAUUCAUCUCCUCGCGAGAACUGCUGCAUGGCAAAUUGAAAAUCCAUCAAAGAGCCUUGUUAUUAAAGGGAAAGAUGGAAGGAGUAUUUGAAUGCUAACGUGCCGCUGUCAGUAUAACGGGAAGCUUCCGAGGGAUGGAAAGUUCAAGUGCGGGUAGUAUUCGCUAAUUUCACUUUCAAACGAAUGCAAAAUUCCCCCGCGUAUAGGCGAAUACCUGUGACGACGAUACAGACACACGCGGCCUGCUAUUUUUACUUCUGCCGACCACAUGUUUGAUUCGUAACGCUAUCACGAGAGGCAGGAAGCAGCUGGCUUUGAUAAACGACGAGUCAAGUGGCGCCACAUGGAGGCCCCACUUUCUCAUCGGUUAAGCCCAUUUUUACAGUACUUUACAUCGAGUUUCGAGGAUGGGAUUGCAAUAUCCCGCUCUAAUAACACGGACACUUUAUAACGAGGACACUACAUUAUUCCAAGUCGCCGAGAACAACCAGAUUGGCUGAACCCCCAGAAGCCACAAAUAUCGUUGUUAUGCAUUGUUCGGAAACAAUCUCUACCGAGUCGGAUUGCGAGAAGUCAAGAUGCGUUUUAAGCAUAGUUGGCCAACAAGUGUGUGCAUUGGACUCACAGGUAAGGGAAUAGUCCGAAUGCACAGCAAAUUACGACCAUAUGAAUAUUCAUCGUACGUACAGCGAAUUCAGUAAACUUCACUCUCCUGGAAGCGCUUCUCCAGGAAAUAGAAAUCCCUUCGAGUCUCGGUUUCACCAAGUAACUUUCAUUAUCGACUAAUUACCAGUUAAUUUCUGUAUUCAUUAAAUGUACAGAAUAUUCCCUCAUGUAUGCGCAUUCGGAAACUCGAUAGCUUCCCUUAAGAAAAAGUAUUUCAAUAAAAUGAUUAGUUAUGAUGAAAUGAUAUUUCAUCAAUUACCAAUAUAGUAGUCGGUUCAUUGAAAUACUUUAUCAGUUCCUCUUUCAAGAGUUCACUCGCAAUACCGGAGAAUUUUUCCUUUUUUUUUCUUCUUUUCUUUCUUCUUCUUUUUCUUCUUUUUCUACUUCGGACUUGAACCUCUCACGUUACAUAGUUAGAACCAGGUACCACACUUUGUCACCUUUGAAUAGGGCAGAUGCUUUCUCGGAGUUAAGGAAGCGUUCCAAAUGUCUGACACCAGAGACUCAUGAUCCAAGAAAGGCGUCGAAAUUGCCAGUAGCAUCAUCAUCUUCUUGUCCACAUUUCCGGAAGUGGAGUAGUAUGCGCGAAAUUAGCUAGCACGCAAAUAUGUUUACAUGCUUGCACGCGGCGGAAUUGUAUACCCGCUGCCGCCCCGCCGCCGCCUCCACCGUCGCCGCUGCCGCCGUCGCGCGUGUAGCCGACGAAGCGUGUGCGGUGAAGAAGAAGGGGCGGAAGAAGCGCGGCGGGGUGGCUUCAUCCUACUCGCGACCAAGUGGUGUAGCGACCAAGCCAUGGGAAAGGGGAACGCGCAAGGGUGGUUGCGCCGCGCGACUGGGGUGGGAAAGGCAUAAAUGGGGAGCGAGACGCAGUCCUGUCGGGAGCGUCGCAGCGGGCGGACGCUCACCACUGGCAGCUUCUCUCGCUCGCCUCUCCUCGCGUGCUCUCUCUUUCACUCUCUCCUCCUCCUCCUCCUCCUCCUUUCUCUCUCUUUCUCUCUUUCUGUCUCUCUCUCUUUCUCUCUCUCUCUCUACUCUUCUCUCCUCUCUCUCUCUCUCUCUCCUACUCUCUUUCUCACUUUCUGGCCCCCAUCCCGCUCCCACGUCCACCACCCCCAUCCCCUACUCCCGAUAAUCGGCAUCCUCGGGCCUAGUCCUGGUGGGUGUCUCUUUCGGAUCCUCGGGAGCGGGCGUCGCUCGCUCGCCUGUCACAGGCAGUGUCCAAUCGUCCAUCCCUUUUCCUCCCCUCCCUCCCACCCACCCCCACCGCCGUCCUCCCUCCCGUUCUCUUCUCACGAUCCACGACCCCCAGUCCUCCCACCUAUGCAUCCCUCCCGAUGAGCGCGGCGCGCGACAACUUCCUCGCGAAUCGCGAGAUCCACUGUCGAAGCGGAGGCUGCGCCUUCGAUCGAUCUCUCUUCGAGACGACGACGCCGUCGACGACGACGACGACGACCACGACGACGAUGACAACGACGACGACGACGACGACGACAACAACGACGACGAGACGCCGUGAUCGAUGAACGCCGUCGGCGGCAGGGGUGAAGGGAAGAAGGCGGCUCCGUUGCCGUGGAGGGCUACGAUUCCGCCGCGGAAUCGACGCGAGUCCGCUUAGGAUCGCCGCGCGCGGAGCGUGUCAUCGGUCGCGCCCAGGAAGACGCGAGAGAGAACGACGAAACGUCGACGUCGACGACGACGACGACGAUGACGAGAAUACCGCCGCUGCCGCCGCCGGCGGUCGUUCCUCGGUGCCGUUGCACGAUCCGGGAACGCGACGAAAACUGAUUGUGCAUCACACGCGUGUACGUAGUAUACCGGGCGUUCGCAGUCCACGACGGCCGAUCAAGAUCAUCGAUCACUGCCUUCGUGUGUGAGGUACCUGUCCGCAGAUCCGAGAGGGUCCUUAACGACUUUAGCGACGAUCUCACGGUGUCAUCUAAGAUCGCGCUUACCCGGCUUCUCGCGCUCGUCGGGAAAGUGCGAGACGAGAUCGUUCAAUUCCGGGAAACGCGUGAAGCGUACAUAGUGACGAACGUUUAUUUUGAGAAGUCUGUUGGGAGAGAAGAUCGCUGCGUGCCUAGGAAGUAUUUGCUGAAAUUGAAACCCGUGUUGUUGGAAACUCUCUGCGAGAGAUUGCUCUCGCUCCCGCGUUUUCGCGAGAUGAAUUAUUCCGGCGUUGCCGGGGAAAGCGGAUAUUGCACAGUGGAUGAUUAUCCCAACCGCGGGAAAUGAUGGGGGGGGGGAAAAACGGAAUGUCGGUGUUUUGUCCUCCAUCGGGCUCUUGUUUUCGGAAGCGUUUCAAACAAAGGGGCUGUAAUACGAAGUAGUUAAACCGGAAUAAAACCGGCGUCUGAGGUGACAGAGCACGAAUAAAAUCAGGAUUGAAGCAGGAUCUACUCAAUUAUGAUAGACAAAGAUAGAGAGUAGAAUUCUAUUAAACGCAUCGGCCAAUACAGACGAGAGAAUGUUUUAUAUCGAAACGUGUGCGAGUUGAAACGAGAAAUUUUUACGGGGCUUUCGCGAGCAAAGGAUCCGAGUGGAGCGCACAAGCCUCUCUGUAAUUGAACUUGGAGAAUAAAUCAAAUACUACGAAAUGGCGCGUAAUUGAAAAAUAAAAGUCAGACGCGAAAGCUGUCGAUUAAAACCCAGUGUGAUUUAACAAGGUCUUAGAUAACGCAAUCGAAAUGAAGGAUAGCGGGGAAUAUAGACAUUAAUUAAUGGGAUUAAACAAUCUGACUGGGAUAAAGAAUAAUCGGAUUAACCGGUAUAACGGUAAAUACGUUUGCGCGCACGCGAAGGACGAUACGGUUUUAAAUAACGGCAUAUAAAAUUAUUGACGAUGAUUUAUACGUUCUUAUGUAACGACACCUGGUAAAUUAUGGCGAAAAUAACAAAAACUUGAAAAAUAAUUAAUGAAACUAACGCGAAAACGCUGCGGGACGAUAUAAUAGAAGAUAAAUGACUAAGCGCGAUAGACUAACUUAAUGCAUAAAUGCAUUGUUCGCGUAUUACGUGUUUUAGAAUUAAUUUAUAUUUAUAAAUAGUAGGGAGAAAAUGCGAUAAUACCAUUUCGCAAGAUGGAUCGCCUACAAUUUCCUUUUUAUAAAUAAUCUUCUGUAUUUAUUAUGAAAAAUGUUACCGCACGAGUACAGAGCAUCCUUCUCUCUCUCUCUCUUUUUCUUGUCUUACUUCAUGGAAGAGUAAAUAUUUGAGUAGCAUCGUACGUAGAGAAGAGCAUCGUAAGAAAGCAAUAGUGCCAAGAAAUGUAGUGACAUAAAAAUUAGUUAGGAAUCCACAUUAAUUUUCUCAAAGGUCGAGGUUGGUCCUCCCCAAAUUACUUCAGAUUCAGGCGACAUUCCUUCGAAUGUGCGGCGAGAUCCCCCUUGAUCGGCUCGUUAACAAGCUCGAAGGAGCGAAUGGCCUCCGAGAGCAUAGAUAAGAAGACCUGGCCGGCUGAUAUCGCUUCACAAGCACUGUCGGAAUAGCCAUUAGGCAAACAAAUGCUUUUUAUUCCGCCGGUCGUGAGUUCACUGAGCGAACAGACGAUUCUUUUUGUCUUUCCUAUUUUUUUUGUCUGUCGCUCGAGGAAGAGUCCCAUUUUGUACUGUGCGUUUCGGAGCUUGAGACGAGAGCACUUACCGGAUGCGUUUGUUUUAUCACUUCGGAGAUUCAGAUUCCUCGCUUUAUUCCGAAUUUGUGAAACAAUCCUCCACAAACGGUGCACAACAGCAAAUUUUCCACCGUUGCAGUAAUUGAAACGGCCUUAUUAUGCUCAGAGUGGCGUCAUUGAAAAGUAAAUAUGGGGAAAAAUUGGGAGCAAAUUCAUGCGAUUAUCAAAAUAAAGCAGCGUAUAAUUAUGUGAAAAAAGCAAGGGCUAAUCUAAUGGAAUAAUUUCAUUCAAAUAAUAACCAGAUCUCGCGUUUCCGGAUAAUUUUCCCGUGCGUAAAUUAAUUUCGUGACAAAAUGAAAGAGGAGAGAGACAGAGGGCAGAGUGGGAGGACAAGAGAUAGAGGCGGGAGAGAAACAGAGAGAGAGAGAGAGAGAUACAAUGCCGUCACAUGGUAGGCGAAGGUAUUUGCUUGAUUAAAAAUUCGCCAAGCGCGAAUCGCGGCGCGCGUACACGAUUAUUACAUUGAAAAUUGAUUGUUUACUCAUUACGAUGGAAUUCUUUGGGCAGUUGGCCGCGAGAAGAAAAACACGGGCACGGGGCAGGUGUCCUGAAAAUUGCUCUCCCGUUUUUAAUGGACCUCUCCACCCUCGCGUGGAAGGCUAUUAAAAGGAAGUACGUGUGUUCCGAACAUUUUUUUAAUCAUACAUCGAGUAAUAUCGGGUAUCCGAUGCCGUAAAGAUUUUUUUUUUUAAUGUUUAAUCUGAUAUGGAGGAUAAAACGCCGGUAUUAUUUCUCGUAAACGCUACCCGUGGAAUGUGGACUGCGAGAUUAUUGUUCGCGAUACAAGCCAACCGUUUUGCGAGUCCUAUUUCUACAUGUAGCGGCAUCCAAUUGCGAUUUACGUUAAACUGUUGCCGAAGAGCUCGCGUAUAUAUUUUUACGCCGCGAAUUUGGAAUUUCGACGAGUGCAGUUUUUUUUUUUUUGCCCCACCCGAUCAUUCGGACGUCGGAAGGGCGCGCUGAACAAUUGAAUUCUUUUAAAAAAUUCAUAAAACUUCCGACCUGGAAUUGUUCCGUGCAAUCUUCACGUUCCACGCAUAGAUCAUAAAAUUUUUAUGCAUUAAAUUCCGAUUUGUUGGCCUUCGAAUUUUCUUGGUAUUUCAAAUUGAAAAUUCCGCCUCGUGUAUUGAGAUCUUUCAAUUUCGAACGGAAUUCUCUCGAUCGUCUCGCGCCGUCGUAGAUCAUUCGAGAAAGAAAGAGAGAGAAAGAGAGACACGCGUGGCAAUUUCUAACGCACAUCGCGCGCAUCGAUCGAUCUUUCGUCUCGCGGCAGACGAGCUUAUCUCACGGUUGAAUAAUAACUUCCUCAGACCUACAACACUACCACAUUUACUUGGGACGCGUGACCGGCGUGUAUCGCGGCUCCAUUUUCCUCCGGCUGAACGCGUGGACAAUGCUUCCUCGGCACGGAUCCGAUCGCGAAAUCUCCUUCCAUGGAAAGAGCCGGCCGUGUUAGCCGUCGCCGGGAUGGAGGAGGAAGAAUGCGAGGAUGGUAACAAUCGGCCGGCGUGCGGAAGGAAGCGCAGUCGCGAGGAGCCCCUGAGAGGAUCGCUAAGGGGAUGCACAAUGUUGCUGCGAUAUCGCCGCGAUGUUGCUGCGGCAAGGACGUCGAAUCAAUACGGUGCUAUCGGUUGUCAAGUGUUCGCUCGCGUGGCGGCGACGUGCCGCGCCGCGCCGCGAUUACAAACGAUCCACUAAGUCGCUAAUUGGGGAGACUCAGGUCGCCCACACGGAAACCGCCCAGAGAGGCGGUUCACCCCGCGAGACUCGGACGAGCGAAGCGCUUACACGCGCGUACGCGCGUACGUGAAGCGUGACAGAUCCGCGGAUGAUGGAGUGCGCGUCGAGGACGAGCGGGGGACUUGAAUCCGUCGGCACGUACCGCAAGAUCGCUCGUACGAUCGCGCUUUAAACUAGAGCCGACUCGCUCGCUCGCUCGCUCGCUCGCUCGCACGGACGUUCGUGCGAGGGAAGACUCGAAGACAUGAUCGGCUCGACGAUGCCCGAGGGACGAUCCCGCGCCGCGACGCGGCGGGUCGAGUACGAGUACCAAGUGCUUCUAUUCGGUGACGAACUAUCGGAGCUACGCAAAAGUGCCAGCGGCACCCCGGAAACGCCGAAUCUCACUUGAGAAGGAGAACAAUUAUACGUAAAUGUCACUAAACAGCUGCGGAAGCCAGUGUCGACUCUCUCGAUCCCGGGGACGAUGAAGAACAGCGGCGGGGUGGCCGGCGGGGGCGGCGCGGGGCGGCCGGGGCGGCUGCCGGCAGCGGUAGCGCCGGGGGCGCCGGUGCCGGCGAGGACGCCGGCAUCGCCCUCGUGGGCGUCCACUCCGAGUAUCCCCGUUACAUGGACGAGCGUAUGCUGGGCGGCGGGGCGGCUCCCUGAAGGGCCAGUCCGGCGGUGGCAGCAUCGGGCCCGGGUCCAAGCACAAGCCGAACGUCGGCUACCGGCUGGGCAGGCGGAAGGCCCUUUUCGAGAAGCGCAAGCGCAUCAGCGACUAUGCCCUCGUGAUGGGCAUGUUUGGCAUCAUCAUGAUGGUCGUCGAAAACGAACUGUCCAGCGCCGGCGUUUACACCAAGAAUUUCUAUUGCAGAUUUGUCAUCAACGACCAGAUCAAAAACCUAUAUACUCAUAUGCCUACGUACACGCCUCGUUUUUCUCGACAGCACUGAAAACCCUGAUCUCUGUGUCUACUGUGAUACUGCUUGGCCUCAUAUUUGCUUACCAUGCCUUAGAAGUUCAGUUGUUCAUGAUCGAUAACUGCGCGGACGACUGGCGGAUCGCGAUGACUUGGCAGCGGAUCGCGCAGAUCUCCGUGGAGCUGUUGAUCUGCGCGAUCCACCCGAUCCCAGGCGAGUACUACUUCCUGUGGACGACCAAGCUGGCGAACAAGAACGGCGACAUGGGCUCCACGUGGGUGCCGUACGACGUCACCCUCUCGCUGCCGAUGUUCCUCAGGCUCUACCUCAUCUGCCGGGUGAUGCUGCUGCACUCGAAGCUCUUCACGGACGCGUCGUCGCGAAGCAUAGGGGCCUUGAAUCGCAUCAACUUCAACACCAGGUUCGUCCUCAAGACCCUGAUGACCAUCUGCCCGGGCACGGUACUGCUGGUCUUCAUGGUCUCCCUGUGGAUCAUUGCCUCGUGGACACUGCGACAGUGCGAGAGGUUCCACGAUGAGGAACACGCAAAUCUCCUCAACGCCAUGUGGCUCAUUGCCAUCACGUUCCUGAGCGUCGGUUUCGGCGACAUCGUGCCCAACACAUACUGCGGUCGAGGUAUAGCCGUCUCCACCGGAAUGAUGGGCGCCGGGUGUACCGCUUUACUGGUGGCAGUCGUCUCCAGGAAGCUCGAGCUUACGCGGGCGGAGAAGCACGUGCACAACUUCAUGAUGGACACACAAUUAACGAAAAGGUUGAAGAACGCCGCGGCGAACGUGUUGCGAGAAACGUGGCUGAUUUAUAAGCACACCCGCUUGGUGAAGCGCGUCAAUCCCGGACGCGUGCGGACCCAUCAGCGGAAAUUCCUGUUGGCCAUAUACGCACUCAGAAAGGUGAAAAUGGAUCAGCGUAAAUUGAUGGACAACGCCAACACUAUAACGGACAUGGCCAAGACGCAAAACACCGUCUAUGAGAUCGUCUCGGACAUGAGCACGCGGCAGGACGCGGUGGAGGAGCGUCUGGUGGGUCUGGAAGACCGUCUGGUCGUCCUAGAAGAGAAGCUGACCUCGCUGCAGGGCCAGCUGGAGAUGUUGCCCGAGGAGUUGACCCGCUGCCUGGCGCAACACGCCGAACGAAUGGAGCAGCGGCGUAACUUUCUCCAUCCGGACACCGCGGUAGCCAUGGCGGCUUCCGGCGGUGGCGGCGGCGGCGGCGGCGGUGGUGGUGGCGGAGGAGGAGUGAUCUCAUCGGGUACAAGCCUGGGUGUUUCCGGCGGCAGCGUCGCGUCCGCCGCGCACCACCCCCUCGCCAGUCUCUCCAACUCACCCCUGCUACCACACUCGCGUAGCGUACCCAGCGCGCCCAGCACCAUGUCCCUGCACCCAUGGCCGGUCAGCCCGGUCUUACCGCCCGUCUCCAGCCGUACGCCCCACCUGGUGCCGGAAACCGGCAGGCAUCAUGGCCUCAGUCACUCCGCCACGGUGACCACCACGACCUCGCAGUCGGCCACCAGGCUCACUUCGCAGGCCGGCAUGGGUGGACUAGGCAACAGCCAAGGCUCGGAUACGUCGGCGCACAGCUGAGUCUCGUCUCUGCAGCCGCAGCAUUCGUAUUAAGGCUCCUCGCCGAUUUUGCGCGUGAUUACGCCUCGCGGUCGUGCCCGCAGGUUAGAUAUUGGUGCGUCACCGACAGGACGUAUCGUAGUUGAUACAGUUCUGUUAGGGAUAUAAUCGCGCUAGAAUCGGCCGCUAUUCGCACAAACGAAUGUGAGAAUUCCCGUUUAGAGUGGUGUAUCCUCGUCCGUGUCAGCCUGACUUGGCGAUCCGCCUGACAAUCCGUAUCUAAUCGACGAUUUGCAAAAAUCCCGCUUUUGCCAGGCAAAAAGCAUUAUAGAAACAACUUUGAUCACUGGUUUCAAGUUUGAAAAUAGUUGUCCCAACGAGGGCAACUAAUCGCGUUAUCUGACAAAUUUCCGUGCAUAGAUUCGUAAAUUAGUUCGUUUACGUACGUAUUUCUUUGGAAUUCUUGCAUUACGCGUAGCUUCCUCGGGAUUAACAAUUCUUUUGUAAAUUCCAAAGUAAACCAAUUAAAGGCUCUCGUGUGGAGCAUAUGUUUCAUAUGAAGUACCAUUAUUAAGAUUCGUGAUUCGUUUUUAUGCAGACCACAGCUUGGAAAUAUGAUUGUCGAGGACACACUGCGUUAAGCGGGAGUUCUGUGAUAGCCCGGUCAUGGACACGACCGUACAUUUUCCGUGCAAAACUCGUUUAACGAUGGGCCUUCUUGCGCUCCGCGCGUACCUUCGAGUCCCCUCCUCGAAAAAUCGGCUAAAGAUCCAAUUAAGAUGGCGCGAUAAGCGAGAAGAUUUGAAUUCAGAAAUUGGACGUGAUUGCGCGUGCUUUUUAACGUAGCUAUAAACCAUAAAUCACUCGGCAUUCAUCCUUUGUGCACCAUACUCCUCAAUUAUCUAGUUUUCCGCGAGGGAACACGUCCAAUCUCUCGAUUCUUCUGAUUGUUCACUUCUGUCAAUCCCUUCCAAUCCCUCAAUCCUUCACUCGCCAAUCUUGGCAGGAGUACGCGAUCAGAGGAGAGGGAGAUCAUGAGAGAGAAUUGAGGAUGAACGAAAAAAGGGGAAAUCUACGCGAUCGAUGUGAUCGAUCAAUUCCGGACGAAUGGGGGAGGAGGGGAACUCCCGGGGUACGUGUGGCUUCUUCCACUGGCUGCGCGCUGCUCCCCUGCCCAACUUGCGUGCCUGAAUAACUGUUUUCUUAAUAAUUAAAUGUACAUUCAACACACAGGAACUCCACCUUGUAUCUCUGUAUACCUCGUGAAGAGCGCGGACGGGCAUAACGUGCGUGUACAGGAAGCGCGUGUGUGGACAAGAACUGGCCCGGAGGUAACUCAAGCUGGCUCUUAAAGCCUCGCUCUUAAUUAAGGUAAAACCGUCCUUUUUCCUCCCCCUGACGGCGGUGGUACUUAAAGAGCUGCCGUUUUUCGUAUUUUAUAUCUAGAGUCAAUGCUUAACGAUUUUCAGCCCAGGAUAACGUAUAUAAUCCUAUAAUCCUCACUUACGGUAAUCCGUACGCAACGAUCUUCAUACGACCGUUCUAAAUAUUCGACAAGGUGCCGCCAACUCGUGCGUCUCACAAUUUCUACAUUCGCGUGGCUCGUCAAAGUUCAUGGCUCGCAAGCUCCGUUCGCGUUAAGUAAAAACAUCGGAGAUCACGAGUCGAGCCACGCUCGAAUGGAAGAAAACGAACUCGGCGUCGCGCGGUCGCGUCUAAUUCGCCGUACAUGUGAUACCGAGCACAAAUCACGAAUAUAACUGCCAUGUAACAUAGAUGUAAAACAACUAUAUUUACUUAUAUGUUAUGUAACGGUUAUAUCCCAGCAAGCACCAAAUUACAGUUAUGUAACUGUUACUUAUUAUUUCCCACCUAACAUUGUGAAUGUCAUAUAACACGUUAUAUAACAGUUAUAUUGUUGAGUAUGAAACAAUAAGUAACAGUUAUAACUAAUUUGAUGUUUGCUGGGAUACCUAAUUCGUGAAUUGUCUUCAGCUACGUCGCACGCGCGUACCCCACGGAUAUAUAUUUCUCCCCCGUUUUAUUUUUCCAUUCGAGAACCCAUCCAUCCCAACCUGCGAGACAUCGGCAAAUUCGACUCGCCAUUCGUAUAAAACGGCGCGUUUUCGCGCUUUCCAAGUCUCUAUGUAUCCUAUUCCUUGGGACGGCACCUCGAGGCAUGCUUUAAGGGCCGGCGCGAAAACCCUGUGGGUCUCUAGGAAACGUAUAUGAAGAGAGAAUGCAAAGUGAUCUUAUCCGCUUUAACGUCCGUAGGUUAUAUAGGAUAUUAUAUUGUUAGGUGUAUAACUGUACAUGGCGCACGGGUACAAAAAAGCAGCUACGUUUCCACUGAGGGAAAGAGGGAGGGAGGGUAGGUGAAUGGAGGAUGGAAGAGGUUGUUGAAGAUUUUUUAUAAUAGGACCGCGACCGCGCGCGGGGUGACACGGCGCAGCGCGGGGGGUAGGCUUAAUUAAAUGGAUCGACUAGACAAUGGGGAAAUUAAUUAUUUGCCAACGACUUCCCGUUCGGAGAUGUGUUCACCAGGUUUCCUUACUCGCCGUUACUAAUUGUAGCCAUUAUCAUUUUAAAUAUACCUGCAUUAAUUUACCAUCAAUCAUGGGAAGUAAUGCAGAUUACGCAGAGCACCGCGCCAUUGCUUUAAAUUAUUGCUCUUAAUAAUUUUGCGAGGCACACAAUAUUCUCUCUCCCUUAAUAUAUAUCUAUAUGCGUGUACAUAUACAUAUAUACGUAGGAAGCGACCGGCAAACUUGAAAUCUCCGAAACUCCUCUGUGAAAAGGAAACGUUGAACGAGGAAGCCUGGGGAAGCACUGAAGGCAUCUUAAAGAGCGUCCCGGGAGGGACACGAAUGCGAACUCACGGUUGCGAAAUUCCGGGAUCUGAAGAGCCUCAAAUCCACGAGGAUCUGGAUUUAUCGAUCGACGCGAAUCCGGUCCCUUCCGGUGCGCGACGUAUGUUUGCUGUAAUUCGCAGCGUUUAUUCUUUCAAACGCGAUAUUUGUCCCGAAGAUGUUCAGAUCUCGACGUAUCGGCACGACGAUGUCUUGCUAGCGCAACCACAACCGAGAUUCAAUCGGGGCUCUGCGAGGUGAGCUCGAGUGCAACUCUCUUGUCCCUUCGGCAUCCGAAAUUAGACGUAAGACGUUGUUAAUAAUUAAUUUAUAAUUAUCUUCUGUGAGAAAAAACAACAGAUUGAGAAACUGAUGCGCGAAGUUAUUUGUAAAAUUCAUAAAAUUAAAUUCAUUUUGAAAUUGAAUGUACAAAGACAGAGAUAAGUUUAAAAGUCGUCGAAGAACGUUUAGCAGACGAGAUUUAGUCUAAUCGAAUAAUCCUAUUUCCACUUCGUUCCGUUUAAUUUAAAUUUACUUUUGCCUUUGCAACUGCUAAUUAAUGCGACGUCAAAUUCUUCGAUUCAGUUAACGUUAAUCUUAUUAUAUCUAUCAAUGAAUUUUACGGAAGGGAAAGGAGAGAGAUCGAUCGAGCUACCUUCAUCCUCGGCCGUUCACAAGGAAAAGCUCACGCGGAAAAAGCUCACUAACGCGGAUAAAGUUGGGACCUGGUUUGUCUUGUCCGUCAUCGUUUCAUUUCGAAAGCAUAGUUUCGCAGCUAAUCGCAAUGCGAAACGGGACCAAAACUGAACACAAUUUUCACAACGUUCUCAUACUGUCUCCCCUCUCUCUCUUUUUUUUCCUCUUUUUCCCCUCUUUUCUUACAAUCGAACAGAUUUUUCAUCCAGAUAAACGAGGCGAAUAAGAAUUAAAAAGUAAAAAAGUUUAAAAAUAUAGCUCGCGAUAAUUGUGAAUACUUAGUUAUCUUAUAGUAGAUUAGGAAUUUAUUCAGAGAUGGAAAAAUAAUUUCCUUACUUAACAAUGACAAAUAUUUUAACUAAUAAAAGAAGAAUUUAUGCAGUGCUAUUACGUGAAUAACAUUCUUGUUUUGUAGUCUCAGAUAAUUUGUUUGAGAGCAAUCUUUUAAUAAAAGUCGUUAAUAUAACGUAAGAAUUUGUAGAACUUCUUCUUUCUUCCUGAAAAAGUCUCCAAACUUUUGCUAUGCUGCAACUCAUUACACUUUCAACACGUUUCUAUUUAAUCUCUUCUCUACUUGACUUGAUUUCAUCAACGGUAUCUCGAAUCAUUUAUUUGAAGAAAAUAGAAAUGAAAAACAAAAGGUUGGUUCGAAAGCUUUCACGUGUAAUCGAUAGCUUCGGUUGAAUAGAAAAACAUUUAAUGUUUAACUUUCUUAAUUUUUUGAAAAAGUAGAACCAUCCGUUUUCACAGAAUGUAUUUUUAGUAUUCAAAGGAAAUAUCUUAUUCGCGCGAAUACGACCGUCGUUUAUUCGUUCUCUCUAUCUGAAUGAAAUUUUCAAUCCGAGUGGUGUCCAAAUCUACUUUCUUCCUUCCAUUUAUCUUUAAUUCUCCCUGGACUUUACCCAUUUCUUCUUUCUCCUUUCUUCAUCUCUCGCCUUCUCUCUCUCUCUCUCUCUCUCUCUCUCUCUCUCUCUCUCUUGUUUCUUAUUCUAUUUCCGCAUCCUUGUUCAAGGAGCAUUUCUAUUUCGCGCGCGACUCAACGCACUGGACACGACAAUUCCACGAUAUUUUUAUAUAGAUUUCUUAAAAGUGCAUUAUGGUGCCAGGAAGAGACCACGCCAAGUAUAAAAACGUAAACAUAAAAGCAGUCUCAAUAUUGGAAUCUUAGGUGAUAGACACCGACUCUACGAUAUUAUUAGUACGUAAUAUAACGUGAAUAUGUAGAUGAUUACCGAGCUCUUCGACGUAGUGAAGCUACAUGGCAUCACGAUGAGGGUAAUGAAAGAGAGAAAAAAGAACUUCGAAAAAAAACCGGGAAAAAAUGAGCUUUUCGCAAGCUGCAUUUAGAGUGCAUGGAAGUUUGAUAACCGAUUGAUUUCUCGUCAUUGAAUGUAUAUCGAGUAUUUCGCGAGGAGAGAAUCUGCUUCGAAUUUUUGUGAAUAUUAUAAUCAACUUGGAAUCGACUUUUUUUCCUAACUUUAUCGGUAAUUACGACACAAUUAAACUUGAAGCUAACCGAAACUUAACUAUAACUAUUCUAAAUUUAAUUAAAGUACCUUUUGUCUUAGUUUAGAAAUUUAAUAGAGUAUUAUUAUUUUCCAAAUUAAAAUCUAACUGAAAUAAUGUUUCCAUGAGAUAAUCAACAUGUUGAUAUUUUAUUACCUAUUUAAAUUUCCAAGGUUUAACUCAUUAAAAUUCUUUGAUACACAGUAUACGCGAAAUACCUUUGAAACUAUACUUUAGUUUCUAAUUUCAUAAACAAAAAAAAAACUCGAAUUCAAAAUCUGUCGAAGCUCCAAAAUUUUAACGCAUGCUCAGAGCGAAAUAUUCUGUAUAAUGUCUUCAUCGAUCUUAUUUAAUUCUUCAAAAAAUUCUGACACGUUGAAAUGUUAAAUAUCUAUUAUAUUAGGCUUACGGAAGUUCAAAUCAUCAGAAAGUUAGAAUCUCUUUACGAGACUUUAAAAUUUAUAUUGGUAAUAAUGGACCUUCUCAGCGCCUUUAAUACUUGGAAUCUAUUGAUCCUUCGAACUUUGAUCUAUAAAAUUUGCAUACAUGUAAAUUUUUGGAAUAGUCGCUUCAUGUAAUGGAGAUUCUAAGGAUUUUAAUUUCUCGAAAUAACGGAGAUCCUGUGAGCUUCAAAGCCUUAAAGAACUAUGGUUCCUUGAUAUAAUGAGACUCGUUGAAGGAUUAAGGUAACUCUCGAUCCUUGAAAAAUUACGCAGGACCGCAGGAUGUCACGUUCAUUUUAGGAAUUUAUAAAAGUAAAAUCUGUGCUUUCGUAAAAGAACACAGAGUCCUUAGAACCUUAUAGACUCUCGUUUAAUGAAAGGUGUAGGAGGACGGGAUCUUUGCAGCCUUAACAUUUCAAGCCUUGGCACUCGCAAGUUUUUCACUACCUGCGAUUUUUAAAUUGUCGAGUUUGCGAGACAGUUGGUUUAGCGUGCAUGAAGCGUGGGAAUGGAACGGCUAUUCCUUUCUUUUCGCGCGCUUUUAAUCACCGCGAUUUAUCAACCGGAAUUGAAAAUACGAUCGAUUUCCGGUGCAACGUGAACUACCGUUUUACUGGCCGAACGGCAACGCGAUAUCUCACACGAAGAACGGAGAAAAAAAGGUCGAAGGUGUCGAAGAUCGAAAGUCGGUGAUCGACUUAAUUCUUUACACGCAGAGUUAACAGUAAGAGGAAAAAAAAAAGAAAAAAAAAAUAUAUAUUAAACGAGACGCAAGGAGCAGAAGAAAAAGAGUUAAGCGCGCGAGCGUGCGUAUUUAUAUGAGCAUUACAGUUAUUACUAUCUAUAUUCGUUUAUGAUUGUUAUUGUUAUGAUUAUUAACGAAUUAUCGUCACGGCGAUGAAUAACGGUAGCAUUUAAACGGUUUUAACUCUCAGAGAGACACUUUGCGGGAGAUCUUAUACCAAAUAUUAUAUACCUAGAGCUGGGCUGUCGCCAUCUAACUGUUACGUAAAAUGACCAACACAACUAUUAAAGUAACGUAUUACCUAUUAAUCUAUAGGGUGACCUAGCGACUAUGUAUUAAAGGAACGUGGUUUUUAACGAGCCUCCUUUUCCUCUAUCUCUAUCCUUUAUUCCUAUCUCUAUUCCCUCUCUCUUUCUCUUUCUAUCUCUCUUUCUCUUUCUACUCGGAGAACAUUGGAAGAACUCACAUAAGACGCAGCGUAACGCGCACUGUUGUUAUAUCUACUUGUGCCAGGCUGUUAAUAUCAUCGUUACUGUCAUCGCCAUGUACGCAAUUUCGAAAGUUUAAUCUGUCACCUUCCCUUUCACUCACCUGGACAUUGAACUAGUCGUUUCAAUUAUCGUUGAUCUCCGAUCAAGUACGGAAAUCCAGAAUUCUCUCUAGAAUUAGUUUACUUAAGUACACGCAUAGGCAUUGAGCAUAGCCAUCAUCACAUAGGUUCUACAAUUCUGGCUCCAUGCAUUCAGCAGACUUGAAGUUUCUACAAAACAUUUGUCUUUAAUACUAGAAGUAUCGUUCUGUUCUUUUUAAUUAAUAUUUGUUGUAUAAAAAUUAAGAGUCUAAAAUUUUUUCAACAUUUCAUCAAUUACCUUCUUGCAUUAUCCUGAUGCAAAAUUUGGCCCUUCAUUUUCUUUAGUUUCAUAAUAAUUCAUUUGCUUGGUCCUUUUAGAAAUUAUCAAUAUCUUUUAUAUCUAUUCUAGUAUUAAAACUUUAUUUUUUCCCCAAAAUUUGUGCCCUCUCACUAAGUUCCAAAACUUUGAAAAUCCGAGGUCUCCUCUAGUCUUCAAUCGACUCGGUUGGAGGAUCGAGAUUUUCGAAUCGCGAGAAAAAAAAGUAUACCAAGAACGUCUCGGAACAUCGCCUCUUUGCCAUCAGCGACAUUAUCAUCACGGAUGAAAGCAUGCGUUUCCAAAUCAUGCGGAACAUUACGAUCCUUCCAUAAUUUUCGCCAUUAAAAUUCAACAACGUGCACCACAAUGCGCCCGCAUUGUAACCUUCGCCAUCAAUAUUCAGCGUCGCUGGGCAUGACGGCUAUUACCUCCUUUCCCCCAUUUCUGUCAUGCACCAACACACCGCACCAUCGACAGCGUUCAUGGAUCUUGGAACAAAACGGACUAUUAACGACUAUAGAGAAAGUUUCCUCCCUACAGGUUUAGGGCAAUAGGUCUAUAUAUAACGUAACAUAUACCCUCCCCUCAGAUACCAUAUACAUUAUAUUCUAACUCAGCUAAUAUGAUAUCGCGUAAGUUGUUACUACUAAUUAGUCUUGAUUACUUUACGACGGCGGACAUAGGGAAAGGCACAAAUUAGUAUACAUAAUUACGUACGUAUAUAUACAUGAAAAGUCUAUACAGAUAUAAAAGUAAAGUAAAAUACGUAUUGAAUAAACUGAGGAUACAUACAUACAUUCGUUAGAAGGAACAAAGGCGCACCAUUUAAAAAGGCAUGCGAAGGUGCAUCAUCGCGCGGUAGAAAAACAAAAAAAAAAAACAAACAAACAAACUCGUAGGGCUAAAGUGGUUUUGAUACUAUACGAAGCACCGAGAGCGAACUUUUCUUACGACGAGACUUAACGAUAUUUUUUUAGACUCCGCUAACGAAUCGACUUAAAAAAAAAAGUAAUAAGAGCUAUGCUAAUCGUGCGCACGCCAAUCGCGGCGAUCGGAACUUCGCGGCACGUCGACCGUUAACGCAUUCCUAUCAACGAGCCGAUUUUCCCGUCUCUCUCUCACCUGAUCGACAUGCAUUAUCGACGAACACACGCGGACUCUCCGAAACUGUUGGAUCCUCGAAGCCUUCCUCGACUCGGGAAUGUUUUGAGCCUCUGGAUUCGAGAGAGCUGAGUCUGCGAAAUUCUGUCCUCGGAUAAAUCUUGAAGUCUUGCACUGAAAAGAAAAUUUAUUGGUUUAAUCUGAAACAUUAAUAUCAACCUGAAUUAUUUGGUGAAAUGUGAAUAAUCCAUAAUUUUUAUUAAAAUAAUUAGACAAAUUUGAUUACUCGGAUUUUGAUUGAGGUAACAGGCACAUUUGCAUGCAUUCUGAUUUUCGCUACGCUGAAAAAAUUUUAGUUAUAUUAAUUGGAAAUCUGGUAGAUUCAACUAGUAUGUCUAUUUAAAAUAAAUUAGAAUUUUUAAUUUUAUCAGAUUUCCUAAUUAAUUAUUGUGUAGACCAAAAAAACCGUAUUGUUAGUGUAGAUUUUUAAUUUUCUCUCGUCUUUGAAACUCAAUUUUAAAGACUCGCAAGAGAAAUCGUUUAACUAGAGUAGAAAUAAAAAAAUGUCAUAAUGCUGCACCUUUUAUUCUAUUGUGUAUGGAUUUCCUCUAAAUCUCCAAACACAAUGAACGGACUAAGGAAUAGAGAACAGGGAGUAAGCAACAAUAUGUUGAAUAAAGUUGCUUUAUACGCUUUUCUUAUUUAACAUAUUGAACUGUUCCUUAUUCUCCGUUAUUUUGCCUGUGCUUUUCAUUGCGUCUGAAGCUUUAGAAAGAAAUGGAGCAAGAAAUAGAACCGCCGCAUCCAUCUAAUGACGCUGCUGCAACUUAGCAAAUACCUUGUUACAGUUGUAUAACUGUUUUAGUUAUAAUUUCAUAUUUAACAAUAUAACUGUUAUAUAACAAAUGUGUUAUAUAGUAUAACAGUUACAUUGCGGAGUGGGAAAAUUAAGAGUUAUAUAACAGUAACUUGAUGUUGCUGGGAAAAGUUUUGUAGAAGGAAAAAAUUUAACUAAAGAAGUGUUAACCAAAUUGUUAUUAUCAUCAUAUUUAAACUUUUUGUUUCAUAGCAAAGAAUCUGAUCAUAAUAAGAAAUUCCAAUCAUUUUUACCAAAAUUUGCUGCACAUUUCGUUAAUUUAACCAUUGUUUUCUGUGUGGGACUCUGGAUUGAGCGGUAAUUGCGACAAAAACUUCAAGUUCAAUCAAGUUUCCUUGAAAUUAGCAAACGUGGAACAUUAGAUACAGCGACUCCAAGAUAGGUACAUCUUAAAACUUCGGUUUUUUCAAAGUUUUUACAGCUAAAUACGAAACGCUAUUCGGAAUGCUUGAAACACGUUGGAAUUGUACAAUUUUGAACUUAUCCUCAUAGGAUUUCGAAAAUCUUUGCAUUCUUGAAUGUUUAUCAUUUGAAGUAUUUGCAAAACAUCUUUUCCAACAUUUCUGCAUUAAUGAGUCAGAUCAGAUUGUUAUCGUGGCCAAUACCGAAUGUUCAAUGUUGCAUUAUCUAUCAUGCAAAUCGGAAAUUCCGGAUAUGUACAUGUAGAAAUAAAAUACGCUUAACAAAAGCGUUUCGAAAAGUUUUGCUAUGUCUUUGAGAUUUAUGAUGACGUAUCGAACGAAAUACAAGAUACUGCCCGCCAAUCCCGGAAGAAACGCAUCGUUAGGCACCCAUUGUUCACGCAAUCCCAUUAAAAAUACGCGAUCUUUCUUCCUCACUCUGAUACGAGAACUCGCAUUUUGCAUACUUUAGAAGGACGCAAUAGAAAAAUUUUCAUCAUUACAGACUUCGCAAUUUCUUGAAGGAAAUCAAAUCGCAGUUCUGCUAUCAAUUGAUUUCUGAACUUCUCCGGUAGAAUUAUUUUCGUCAAGUUGCAAUUUCUCGAAGUGAGAGAAUCAAGUGGCUAUACAGAAAAAAAAACAAUAUAUCAACAAUCAUUGUCCUAUAUAUAAACAAAAGUAUAAAAUCUUUAAAAUGUAAUAAUUUUAAAUUUUAGUGUAUUUUUUUUAUAUUUUUAUUUUGUUAUUAUAACAAAUAGUAAAAAACAAUACGUAAUUAUUUUAAUAACAAUAGUUUAAAAAAUUCUAAUUCUUGGUUGGUAGAUGUCAUUAUUUCUUAUCUAAUAUUUUUUUCUCUCAACUCAUGAAAAUUAUUAUUGAAUAGUGAUAAAUAUAUUUUUCUUAUCAAAAACAUGUUACUAAAUUUCUUCGUGUAAGCGAGUUAUGUUCAUUUAAAAUUAGCAAUUUUUUUAAAGAUUUUAUAUUCUUACUUACAUAUGAGGCAAUGAUUAUUGAUUUGAUAUUAAUUUUCUUUCUGUGUGAGAAAAGAGUCAAAGUCCCUAAAAACAAUGCACACGCGCGUGAACCUUUCAUUUUAUCUCGCAAAAUAUUUUAAAGAAAGUAUAACUUUAUAAUUGUUAUAGUUGUAAUUCAUUGACUAACAAGAAGAUCGACUUUCUUCGCAGCGAUGUAUUUUUGUCAAUCUUUCCGACUCUUUUUCCGGCUAUCGUCAUUAUCGCGGCUCUUAAUUCUUGCAGGUGUGUUUCCUAAAAAUGACUCGGACAUGUUUCUUUCCGAUCGUCGAGUGUCUUGUUCACGCUUGUUCAUACGCAAACGACGUAUCGUCAUCGGUGAUCUUCAGACUCCGAUCGGUGUCUCCCCUUCAUCAAGUUUGUAUUGGCGCUGUAAUUGAUUACCUCGAAACCCAGGCGAUUCGCAAAGCGACCACCCCCGCAAGGGGAACGUGAAUGUUCCUCUCGAAAGACUUUUUCUACGCUGCAUCUUCUGUGUAUCCUUUCGAUAUUGAGCUGACUCGAGAGGUCGAGCUCGCGAAGAAGUAGCAUACAGGGUGUCAUGUUAAAACUUACAUCGUUGCUCGAGAAUCAUACAAGCGCGAUAUGCGGUUGGACGAUUGUCCUUAUAGUUAUAAUUAUAUAAUUACAGAAACAUAACAUGUUUGCAUCUCGGGAUUAGCGGCGAGCCCUUCUUUCAUCUACGAGUCCUCUUAGAUCAAUUUGGAAUCGUAGAUGAACGGAAAUUCGUUAGAUCCCCGGAAUUUAUUACACCCGCCAUUUAUUAAAGAUCCUUUCUUUCGACGGAGACAUAUAGCGUUGACUGUAAACGUUAGAAGUUAGAACGACGACGAUCUCUGAUUUGAAAUUCGUAUCCCUGUAACUUCGAUCUCGCAGGAACUUGAAAGUUAGUUCAGCGAGACGUCCCCUGAAGCUUUAGUGUAAUUUAAAGAAAUCUUCAAAUUGCGAAUAGUCCAAAGUACAAGUACCUAGGAUUCUGAAUUCGCGAGGCUAUUAAGUAAAAUCCGCCAUAUUCCUAGACCUUUGAGCUCUCCGAAUCAGAUACAUUUGCAUAAUUUUAGAAACUUUGCGAGCUUUAAAUCUUUAAUUUGCUACGAAAACGCGCGAGACCCCUUCGAAAUGCCACCGGUUUCCCAGAUCUUUAUGAUUACAUUAUAUAUACAAACAUAUAUAUACAUAUAUAUUUUUAGGCGUAAUAUAUGAUUAUAACUAUGCCUCACGUCGAACUGAGAGACGCGACGAUGUCGCUUGUCGAAACAGUCAGGCGUUUCUGUGAUUCCUAGACUUGAACGAUAUAAACGACGCUGAGGUUCUCACACUUUUAAAAGAAAAUUUACGCGGACGAUAGUUCUCGUUCUGCGCAAGGAUCCCGGCGGCCGCUUGGAUUCUGGCGGGAUUUACUUUUCAUUCAUAAACCAUUCGAGUGCCAACCCGAGACUUGACUCUUUGAAUAAACAAAGACGAAGUGAUUCUCCUGUGCAUGAGAUUACUGUCAGAAUUGUAAAGUCAGAGAGACCUAAAGAUUUUGCGCCGAUUAUGAUGUUCACGUUUUUUUUUUUUUUUUUCAUAACCAAUAAACACUAAGUUACGUAAAUGUUAGUUGUAAUUUCCCACUCAACAAUGUAACACACUCGUUAUAUGACACACUCGUUAUAUAACAGUUACAUUAUUGGGAAAUUAUAAGUAAUAUUUAACUAUAACUUGGUGUUUGCUAAGUAGUUUGAUUAAUUAAUUCAGGCACUUAAAUUUUAACCGCGUUCGGCGGGCGCGCUAUUUAUAACAUUCUAUCUUUAUCGAUCAUCAGAUACAAAACAAUGAUAGAAUGAAGCAAUAGCACUGAUAGCGUUCUCUCCGAACGCAACUUUUGUCUUAUCUCUUUUGUCGCUCGCAUGAUCUUUAACUGUUCAUAAAAAUAUUCAUAAUUCUAAUUUAUGCGUAGUCGAAUAUGCACACGUAAUUAUCUUUUAUAUCCUAAUAAAUAAAAUAUUAGCAGUACACCAGCAGUUUGCUAGUAAAUUCGAGCAAAAUAUUUGAAAUUGGUGUCAUCUGCUUCCACGUUAAGUUUAUGUUUUGCCAGCAGAGGCUGUCGACAUAAUCUAACAGCAAAUUGUUAGCACAAUCUGUUAUUUUAUAACUAUUUAAAUAGAAUGUAUGCUAAGAAAAGAAUUAUUUAAUUUUAAAGUAAUAAAAUAUUUUAUUUCUACUUCCACUUCUCAAAUAUGUUUUAAUUUUAUACAGUGUUUAGAUUGGAAAUACGCAUGUCCAUUUCCACCGAUCUAAAUCAAUUCUGAUCUCGGUUUAACUUGAUCUUUGUCUUUUUCUCAUUCCAAUUCGGAGAAAAAGAUAAAAAAUAAGUCAGACUGAGAUCAAAUCUACAUUGACGUAAAUAACCAUAAAAUGUUUAAAGCUAUUAAAAAUGUUUCAACUUUAAACGCAUUGAGCCCAUUUACAUUAAUUUAACUAAACUUUAGAUUCGAUUUAACUUACUUAACUGCUAUUUCUUAGAAUUAGAAAAAAGACAGAAGGUAUGUUAAACCGAAUUUAAAGUCAAGCUACAUUGACACAAACGGGUCUUAGCGUUUGAAAUCUAAACACCAACAUUUAAAAUUAAAAUCUUAUUAUUUGAAAAACGAAGACAAAAAUAAAAGAUUAUACAUUAAAGUUAAACAAUUCUUUUAUGAAUGUGUAUAUUAUUUAAUACAUGAAGCAAAAGUUUCUGCUCAGUUUUCCAAUUAAUCUGUCACCGUCUUAUAGAUUUCUGCUGGUAUUCUGUUGACAAAAUUUGUCGUACACAUUGUGAAAAAUUUGCUUUUUAACAGAUUGACUAUCUGGAUAUGUUUAUACAGGUAUAUAAAGAACAAAUGGACGAAAAACUUAUGUUACGAAAAGUAUUUCAAGGGUGAAGUGUCCAAACUCGCUACUAAUUAGUUAUAAUUAUAAUUAGUGUUCACACGGGGCGCGUUAUUAUAAUCACGAUUAAUAAUUUAAGAUAACAGGAUAAGAAUGCUAUCGUCCGUGUCGCUUUAAGGAACAAAAAUUCCACGCAACGAAUCUUGAAAGUAGUCAAUAUCUAAUCAAUUCCGAGGAUAGGAUCAAUUCUCUUAAGGGGGAUAACUAAAUGGAAGGAGACAAAGGGAGGAAAGCAUAACCCCAAUAAAUUUGUAAGCGAGAAGGCGUUUUUCGACGGUGAACGAUUAAGUAUCUUCCAUUAUUAGAGACUCGGCAUCAACGGUGGAGAGCGUUACGGAUGAGUUUGCCAUAAAAUGUGGGGUGCGAUUAAUGCGAAGAAGUGUGUAUGUACAUACGUCACGUGUAUUUAAUUAUAAUAGCGACGACAGAAACGUAGCGCAUAUUUUUAAAGGAGAGAAAAUAUACGAACGCCAUGGCACUAAGUGACCGAUUAAAUUGCGAAUCCCGCGUUAAAAAUAGGGCCCGGUCGAUAUUCUUUAAAAACUAGCGUUAAUCACGAAGCUGAUCGAUCAUUAUUAACGAGGGACAGAACGCGCGUAUGUAAACUAUUACGAUGUCUAUGAACCAACGCGUUUUCAUGCCGAGAACAAAUAAAUUUGCAAGUCAGAAGGA